AGUGGUAAUUCAGCAAUUUGCUUUGGGCCAAUCCUGGUUUCUCACUGCCUUUUUCUUAAUGGCCAUUAGAAAUUCCAUGUUAGCAGAACGGGUGCCCCUGAGCACGGCGAGCACAGCCUGCCCCGGCAGCCUCCUGUGGACCCUGCACUGCCCAAGAUCCACUGCUCCCCGGUCCUCUCUGCUGCUGCCGGAUUCUGACGUCCAUUCCCCUUUGGACCGGGCCCGAACUCCUCCCGGGCCAGGCUGCACGAUGAGUACGGAGCUGAUGAAUUCCAGCGUCAGCUACUUAAAUGAUAACUAUUCCGAGCUGGAUUACACCAUCGACUACGACAGCCUGGUCUGCAGCCUGCAGGAGGUCCGGGCCUUCUCCAGGCUCUUCGUGCCCAUCGCUUACUCCUUGAUCUGCGUCUUCGGCCUCCUGGGCAACAUUUUGGUGGUGGUCACCUUCGCGUUGUAUAAGAGAGCCAAGUCCAUGCUGAACAUGGCCACCGCGGACAUUCUGUUCGUCCUCACGCUUCCGUUCUGGGCCGUCAGCCACGCCACGGGCAGCUGGGUUUUCAGCAACGCCCUGUGCAAGCUGACAAAGGGCGUCUACACCAUCAACUUCACCUGCGGGAUGCUGCUCCUGGCGUGCGUCAGCCUGGACCGCUACGUGGCCAUCGUGCAGGCGACCAAGUCCUUCCGCCUGCGUGCCAGGACGCUGGCACACCGCAGAGCCGUCUGCCUCGCCGUGUGGGCGCUGUCCGUGCUCAUCUCCAGCUCGACCUUCGCGUUCAACCAGAAGUACGCCCUGCAGGGCGGCGACGUCUGCGAGCCCAGGUUCCACCCGGCCGCCGACCCCCUGCCCUGGAAGCUGCUGGUGCUGGGGCUGCAGCUGCUUUUCGGCUUCUUCGUCCCGCUGGUGUUCAUGGUGUUCUGCUACGUGUUCAUCGUCAGGACCCUGGUGCAGGCGCAGAACUCCAAGCGGCACAAGGCCAUCCGCGUGAUCAUCGCCGUGGUGCUCGUGUUCCUGGCUUGUCAGAUCCCGCAUAAUGUGGUGCUCCUGGUGACCGCUGCGAAUUUGGGGAAAGUGAACCGAUCCUGCAACGCGGAAAAGCUGAUCGGCUACGCCAAGAACCUGACCGAGGUCCUGGCCUUCCUGCACUGCUGCCUCAACCCCGUGCUCUACGCGUUCAUCGGCCAGAGGUUCAGAAAGUACUUUCUGAAGAUCAUGAAGGACCUGUGGUGCGUGAGGAGGAAGCAGAAGUCUCCCGGCUUCUCCUGCUCCAGGCUCUACUCGGAAACCUUCAUCUCCAGGCAGAACAGUGAGACCGUGGACAAUGACAACCCGUCCUCCUUCACUAUGUGACACUCCCCGCUGAGCAAAGUCCCGUCUGCCCCGCAGCGCAGGACAGCACUGCCCUCGGGCUGGUCCGCCCUGGCAUGCAGCGUCCCCGUUCCCCAUGACUGCAGUACGUUACGGCUGGCAGCCCCAAACAGGCUCUGGGAAGGGCUGAAUUAAGAAAGUCGUUUAGAAAUAUGAACAUUGUCACAAAUAUUCAGGAAGCAAUUAUAGGCCCCGAUCUCUUCUGGGCAUAGCAAACAGUCACACGGGUUGAAAAGCUAAACAGAAACAAAACAAAACAAAACAAAACAGAAAACAAACAAACAAA